GACAAGCUCUGUGAUAUCUGCUGUCUGAUGUACUGUGCUCUCUGACACUGUCUGGGACUUUCUGAGGUCAAAUGAAAUGAUCUGAUGAACAGCCAAGUCUGGAGUCCCCUGAGGCCUCUGACGGUUGGCUCUCAGACACACAUACCAUCAGAGAUUGCACGUUUUCCUGAUGCAACGAGAUCCUGAAGAAUCAACAAGUAAGAAGCACGGCUGGUCAAGAUCGCUUACAACGAUGGUGCGAAUCAGAUGCAAAGGCCCUAACUGGCAAUUCCUUGAACGCUGCGACUACGGCUGCAGCUUCAGCGAAGAAGGUCUGCCUGAUUGUUUCGGACGAUGGGUCUCAUUUGCUGACACAAAUGCAUGCCAGAUUUUGAAGAAACGUCAGCAGUGCUUCAAGAAAGCAGGUGUUGUGCACGCCGAGGACCUUGCACAUGGUCAAGUGUCGGACCUGCGACCUUUGCAAGUUGGCGAUUUCGGCAUUGUGGUUGGAGAGGACGGUUCAAUAGUGAUUGCCGAAGUCAUCACGAUCUAUUCGAAGACUGGCGGUAAGAACGGCAAACAUGCGCACGUCGAUAAUGCAGUCAAUAUUGGCGCGGUGUCAAAUAUUGCAGUACAGCUGUUCGAGUACAGCUUUAACACUCAAUUCCGCGCACUUACGAAGGCGACCUCCGCCUUCCAGACGCAUAAUUUCGCGCUGUUACCAUCAGUGCAGUUCCUGUGCCUUCUCCGCCACAAACCUCACUCAGCUUCGGGCCCAUUCGGCGCGAUCACCGUUGAUAUGCACGUACAAGAUCUUCCUUUGUUCAGGGAGCUUCAAAGAUCAAAGGCACAGAUCCACGCAGCCCUCAAGCUGUUCAGGAAACGCGGUGCGAAAGGUAAAUCAGCAGCUGAGGCCGACGAGGACGGUGUGGUGGAAUGACUGAGGUUCUGGCACUCGUUCGUCAUUGCGAUGUACUCAUAGACAUGUCUGUUUGUCCACGACAUUCACUGUAGUCUUCAUUCAAUCUAUGUUCCGAAUGCG